GAGAAGAAAAAUAGAUUGACUGUGAGAAUGGGGGUGGAACUGGAGGAGAUAGCACAAACGUGUCAAGCUGAAAUGACAAGGAGAAAGUUGGUGCUGAAAAAUGAAGUUAUGAAAGUGCAAAUAGAGAACACAGCAAUUCAGAAGGAGAAUGCAGUGCUUCAGGGGAGGGAUAAUAAGAAGAGUGUAUAG